AUGGUGAGGUGCUGGAAACAUUCAGAAAACCGUUUGGAGGAAGCACAGUGCACGGAUGGGGGCCCUGCUGCGUCCCCCCAGUCCCACUUCCCACAUAAGGCAUUCUGGGUCAGCCUCUCAGCCUCUCUGCUCCUGGUUGUCAUUACCCUCGGUUUGACGGGGUACCUCGGGAUGUCGCAACCCCACUCUCAGUCUUUACAGAUUGUGAGAAUCGCAGUUCCAGAUCAGACUGGAGCUCUGAUCAAUCAGUCGGCCGUUGUGGACCAGCAGAAUGACCUGGUGACCUUUUCCGUGACCUCACCGGCAAAUCAGACGUCCACUGUGCUGUUUGAUAUCAAACAUGGUUUGAUUUGUUACAAACCGCUCGAGCAGGACAGCUGCCUCCUGCGAAAGAUGGAGCAGUCUGAUUAUGACAACGUGCACUCCCUCCUUCAUGAGUCAACACACAAGAGUCACUUCCAGCUGUCUGAGAAUGAGACCCAGAGGCAGACAGAGUUCCUGGGGGUGCUGGCAGCCAGUCAGGUGGACGUGUCCACGCUUGAGGAGCCUCUGCAGGCUCUGUGUCGGGACAGGUCCGUCCACUGGACCAGGAGGGCCAAAGGCCCGGGCAAACAGAGGCUGGUCUACUUCUGCAUCGACAUCUGUUUCCCCAGCAACAUCUGCGUGUCUGUCUGUUUCUACUACCUGCCAGAGUGACUGUGUGUAUUCAAUUCUUCUC